UAACGUAAAAUUCAUAAAACUCGAGAAGUUUCGGUGCAGCAUAGCUAACAAGUAAAGGCAAAGAAAUGGGAAAAACCUGAAGAGGUUCAAUAGGAAUGAGAUGAGUAAGUUAGAACAUGCAAAUUAGUCCUACAGUUAACUCAUGUAUUACAGACAUUUUCAAAACAUGGUAACCUCUGAACUAAAAUCAUGAGUUCAAUAAAACAAUUCCUCAUUUGGUUCUUCAUCUUCUCACUCAGUCUUCAAGCUCUUACAACAAAAGGCCAAAACCAAGUUUGUUCUCUUGAGGGGAUUGACUUAGGGCUUUGCUUAAAUCAAGGAAAUAUUUCUUUCUCCAUUGAUGCUACGUGCUGCAAAGUUCUCAACAAAGUCGUACGAACCGGCUAUAAUUGUUUAUGUCUGUUAAUCGCACAAUCGUUUCCUCUUAUUAGCACUCCGAUCUCAUUGCCCUUGUCGGAUUGCUUCAUUUCUGUGCCUUCUUUGACUCUUUGCAAAGUUGUGGCUCCAAUGCCAAUUACAUUUCCACAAAAUAGUACAAAUCAUCCCUAUCAAGCUUCUCUACCUGCUCAAGAUAUGCCUGUAUCUCCACCGCAUGAUCAUAUAGAAUUUACUGUAAAUUCAACUGCCAACAACAGCUCGACUGCGCCGGCGUCUCCUCCACGAGAAGAGAACAGCGGUAAUAUUGCGGCUACGCAACCGCAGUCUGAUAAAAUUACUUGUCCUGAAACGCCUCUGUUUAAGCAGAAGAAUGAGAAAUCGAAAGGAGGAAACAAGGCUAAUAGUAUUUUAUUACACCAGAAUUUGUUGGUGUUCUUGGCUUUGUUUUUGUGCAUUGUAAUGACUUAAAUCUCUUAUUCUAGUUUAGACAUUAGACAAUCAUGUGAAAUUUUAUAUCCAUAAAACUUAAUCAAGAAGAGGAAAUUUAGUCUACUCAAAA